AUGUCCGGCUUCCACCCUUUCAAGGGCCGAGUGAGUAGGCAUUUUGGCGAGAACCUCGCGCCCGACGAUGCUAUCCUGAGCUACUAUGACAUCCGCCUGACCAAGGAGGACAUCGACUGCAUAAAGUGCGACUGGCUGACGGACAAUGCAAUUGCAUUCUGGGAAGAAUGGCUCGAACACGAGCACCUGUCUGCCUACCCCAAAGCCAACAUCAGCCUGCUUCGCCCAUCCAUGUCCUUCAUGAUGAUCCAAACGCCUGAUCCGCUCACCUUGAAGGAAGCGCUGCCCAAUUUCUCAAGAACGACGCAUAUUUUCCUGCCAAUCAACGAUUGUCGGAAUGUCAUGGAAGCCGAGGGAGGCUCGCACUGGAGUCUGCUGCUCGUCAGCGUCGUUGAUGGCGUUGCCUUCCAUUACGACUCACUCUGCGAGAGCAACGACCAAGAAGCCCGGGUGGCGACGCAGAAGAUGGCCACGUUACUCGGCCGCAGCCUGCGCUUCAUCAGCAUGGAUGAUUGUCCGCAGCAGGAGAAUGGAUCCGAUUGCGGCGUCUUCGUGUGCCUGCUCAUGCGCUACCUGCUGUUGAAUCGGCUUCUGAGAGCCGACUCGAAGGAGAAAGUCAGCAUGAGCAUGGCGGGCAAAAAUGUCGAGGCCAGCGCGGGCCGCAAGGAAAUGCUGAAGAUCAUUGACGGCUUCAGAAAGGAAGGAAGGCGGAGAUCUCGAAGUAAAAGCCCGUUUAGCGACCACUCGAAGAGUCCUCCUCGGAUAGGCGACGAGUAA